GCGUUCUGUAAAAAAAAAGGAAAAUUGCGUCCCUCCGUAAUCAUCACACACUUGGAGCUGAGGAAAGUGUGUGUCUUGUCGUCUUUCAUGCGGAAAACCCCGCUCUCCAGAUCAAAGUAGAUGCUGUAGUCAUUCCAGCGCUGUUUAAUGAACAUAUUUCCAGUCCACCCACACGCUUAUUCAGAGCUGGCCACAUCAAAGAACUUAAGAGGAACCUUGACUGUUGCUGUGAUGAAGACGAGGCCCACCGUUCCGUUAUCCCAGCUCUGCCCCGGGCUGCGGCUGCAGAACACGGGAGCUCCUCGGCUCGGUGUACUCCUUCCUGACAGUGGAGAAGUCCUCGUCCGCCAUUAAGAAGGGCAAAACAAUUCAUCCCCUGGAAGGACACCGAGGCUUGCGAGAAGGAGGUGAAGGUGACCAGUGAUGGGUGGCGUCGGGGCAGAGCUCUCAUUUCCUGAGAGCCAUCAGACACAUAGAGAACUGGACAGGACUGCAGAUGCUGCGGGACGUCGAUAUGGAGCUCUACACUGGACUGCAGAGACUUUCAGCCCAAAUGGAAAAAGAAAAACAUUUUCAAACUGAAUAAGAGAAAAACAUCAAUAAUAUAAACUGACAAGGAGCAGAGAGGCACAAGCACAAUGAAAUGCACCAAGAAAAAGGAAGUCACAGAAGAAAAGAAAAAAUCAACAUGGCCUUGAAGUGAUGUGAUUAUUUCAUCGUAAUGCUGUGUACCCGCGUAUUUCACUAUCAUGAAUUGCAACCUGAGGGUGAUCCAGGCUCGAGCGUUCGCUCAGAACCCACACCUACGCUACCUAAACUUGUCGAAGAAUCCUCUCACCACUCUGUCAUGGCAGCUCUUCCAGCAUCUCCAACUCUCCGAGCUGCGUCUGGAUGGCGUGGUGUUCAACUGCGGCUGUGAUAUCCGCUGGAUCCAGCUGUGGCAGCAGAGAGGAGAGGCCGGCCUCCACACGCAGCUGUUGUACUGCAGGAACGGAGCCUCCAAGAUACGACUGCACAACAUGUACAUCCACAACUGCGACUUACCGGAGAUCAGUGUGAGCCACAGCAGUGUGCUGGUGAUGGAGGGAGACAAUGUGACGGUGAGCUGCAAUGGAUCCGGAUCACCGCUGCCUGAAGUGGACUGGACUGUCAGCGGCCUGAACUCCAUCAACGCUCACCUGUCCAAUGUGUACUGGCCCAAUAUCCACUCCAUCAACCUUACGCUCGUCAACAUCAGCCGAGAUGACAACAAUUUCCAGCUGACCUGCAUCGCAGAGAACGUGGUGGGGAUGACCAACUCCUCCAUCCAGCUCAACGUACAGUUUCCUCCAGUCAUCCUGAGACUGGCUGAGCCCGAGCAGCGCCUCCAUACCUGCAUCGAGUUCACGGUUCGGGGUUACCCCCACCCCAAGCUACGCUGGUUCUACAACCAGAAGGAGAUUCUGCAGAACGAUUACAUCCGAACUGAGAUGGACUUCUACCAGGACUAUUUGGAGGGCUGUCUAACCCUACAGAACCCAACGCACAUCCACAAUGGCAACUACACUCUGGAAGCCAGCAACCCGCUAGGAACGGUCACAAAGACGGUGUAUGGUCACUUCCUCAAGGCGCCGGACGAAGAAAUAGUGGAUCCAGAUCCAACGCCGUCAGAUAGUGACUCAGGCCGACCGGAUGAAGAUACAUUCGGGGUUUCCAUUGCUGUUGGUUUGGCAGGCUUCGCUUGCGUCCUCCUCCUAGUCCUUUUUGUUCUCAUCAACAAAUACGGCCGCCGCUCCAAAUUCGGUAUGAAAGGUCCAGUGGCUGUGAUCAGCGGUGAGGAAGACUCUGCCAGCCCUCUUCAUCAUGUCAACCACGGAAUCAUUACCCCCUGCACUCUGGAUGCCGGUCCUGAUGCGGUUGUUAUAGGGAUGACUCGUAUUCCUGUGGUGGAGAAUCCGCAAUACUUCCGACAUGGGCACAACUGCAACAAGCCGACCACUUUAGUCCAGCAUAUAAAGCGGAGAGACAUCAUCCUGAAGAGGGAGCUGGGUGAGGGAGCGUUCGGGAAAGUCUUCCUGGCAGAGUGUUACAACCUGAGCCCCACCAAGGACAAGAUGCUGGUGGCUGUCAAGACGCUGAAAGAUCCCAACCUGUCGGCGAGGAAGGACUUCCAGAGGGAGGCGGAGCUGCUGACCAACCUGCAGCACGACCACAUCGUUAAAUUCUACGGCGUGUGCGUAGACGGAGACCCUCUCAUCAUGGUCUUCGAAUACAUGAAGCACGGAGACCUCAACAAAUUCCUCAGAGCCCACGGCCCAGACGCCAUGAUCCUGGUGGAUGGCCAGCCACUGCAGUCCAACGGAGAGCUCGGCCUCUCCCAGAUGCUGCACAUCGCCACUCAGAUCGCCUCGGGCAUGGUCUACCUGGGCUCCCAGCACUUUGUCCACAGAGAUCUGGCAACCCGCAAUUGCCUGGUGGGCAAUGGCCUGCUGGUCAAGAUCGGAGACUUCGGCAUGUCCAGGGACAUCUACAGCAGCGACUACUACAGGGUCGGAGGACACACCAUGCUACCUAUCCGCUGGAUGCCCCCAGAGAGCAUCAUGUACAGGAAAUUCUCCACGGAGAGCGACGUCUGGAGCUUCGGAGUCAUCCUCUGGGAGAUCUUUACCUAUGGGAAGCAGCCUUGGUUCCAGCUGGGUAACAACGAGGUUAUUGAGUGCAUCACCCAGGGCCGGGUUCUGGAGAGGCCUCGCAUUUGUCCCAAGGAGGUGUAUGACAUCAUGCUGGGCUGCUGGCAGAGGGAACCGCAGCAGCGACUGAACAUUAAGGACAUGCAGAAGGUCCUGUUCGCCAUGGGAAAAGCCACGCCGGUCUACCUGGACAUCCUGGGCUAGCAGCAGCCCCGGGUGGCCCGUUCCUCGCCAGGCAGACAGAUGGACAGAGACGUACUGACGGACCGACACACACGAACCCAGGAAUAACCAAACCAACCUGCUCCACUGUCGCGAAACAUCUACAAUGUUUGGGAAGGACUUAAGUGCCUGCAACACUUUUGGAUAUAGUGGAUAAAACGUAUUCAAAAACACGCACUUUUACAUUUUGUUUACUCGCGUAUAAGAUGUACAGGUUUGAAGAAGACUUUUUAUUUCCCCCCUCGAAAAAAAAACUGCAAAAAUGGAGACAAAAAAGGGAAGCGACGUAGACUGGCAAUAGGAAAAUGGCCACAGUGUGAUUACAUUAUAGAGAGAACACAUCAGAGUUAAAAUCUAUCCUGGGUUUGGUUUUAUGAAUAUAUAUAUAGAAAUAUUACAUAUAUUUUAUAUUUAUUUCUUUUUGUCAAGGUGUUGGAGGGUCUGCCAUGUGUGUUGCCAAGGGCUUGGCCCUGUCCGAAGACAUCACCGACCAACUAUUGGCAGGGACUUUGAUGAUGGAAGCCUUACUUGCACUCUGAUUGGCCGACACUGAGCUUUUAAUGGGAACUCUGCUUCUGUGGAAUAACACUGGAUGGUUAAAAAAAAUAAAACAUAACGGAGCGCUCACUCUGUUGAGGACCUACCCAAUCAGACAACUGACAAAUCUAUUUUAAUUUAAAUAUAAUGUACAUAUUGUAAAAUUCUAUGUGUCAAAAUUAUGUUAACUUAUUUUUUCGGACGUUAUUUCGGUUCCUUUUCUGACUGUGAUCCUGGUGGCUCAAGUUUAAAGCUGCGGUGUUUGCUUUCGUCCUGAUCUAGGGGAGAAUUCUCUUGGCGAUUACCCGCUUCAGUGCCGGUAAGUUGUCUUCUGCGCUGAAGGUGAAUACAGUUCGCAAAGCCCCACUGACAUUGAAUCACAGACUUUGGAGAAUGGGGACGACCUGGAGCAUUGGUUCAACGCUGAGGUGAUGAAACCUCAUGUUCACUUUUCCAGUUCUUUUGCUCCACACCCCUCAAACACACACACACACACACACACACACACACACACACACACACACACACUCACACUCACACUCACACACACACACACUCCGCCCGAAAAACCGCCCGGUCAUCUUUCAGGCUUAAUGGUAUAGACACUGCUUUUCCACUCUGAAGAAAACAUUUUUUUUAAAGUGAGAUUAUAAAUCAUUUGUUAGGCACCGCUCCCUGCAAACACAGACCGCGGAAAUCUGGAACAUAAAAGAAAUGGUUCAACACUUUGAGAAAAACGCAAUUAUUUACUGUCUUGCUGAGAGUUGCCCGCUGCUCCUAUAAUCUGUCAGCUCAAUAUGAAGCUACAGCCAGGAGUUAGCUUAGCUUCGUCUACAUAAGCAUAUAUAUAUAUAUAUAUAUAUAUAUAUAUAUAUAUAUAUAUGAAAAUCUGCCCACCAACACCUCCAAUGCACCUUUAUCAUCCACACGUUUCGAGGGGAGAAGUGAUCGCAGUUUUUCCGGGCUCUGGUCCAGAAGGGUCUUUCUUUCAAAAUCACCGGUGUUUAUUAUAAGGCAAAUGACGAAACCCGGCCUUACCAGAGCCAUUAUUACAGUCUCUUUCACUGUAUGCGUAUGUAAUAUUUUUGUAGCUGUCGUUAACAAUUUCCCAUGGGUCCUCGACGUUUGAUUUAAAUCUCAUGGAAGAAGUCCGUGGGUGAGUCGAGCCGCCGUCACAGUAGUGAUAUGGGCGAAUCCAUUGACUUUGUUAAAAUCACACAAAAGCUUCGACUUCUAAUAAGCAAAAUGCUGCGUUGGAUGACGACAAGAGUGCGGCUGGAAAACCACAGGAACGGGCUUCACUUUUUUUUCCCCCUUUUCUUCCAGAAACACCAAUGAAAGAAAUGUUCCAUGAGAGCACAGAUUGAGUUAUAGGAGCUAAUGGAACAGAGGUCGGACGUAGCCCGACCCAUUUCCUCGGUGCUGUGUCAGCGCUGGGAGAACGCUCCGGCUGCACGCAUUAUCAUUCUGCCACGGGGGGGGAGAAAAAAAACACCACUCACAAUCAAAAGUUCAGCAACAGUGCCCCUGCAGAAUAGUGUUGGGGGGGGGGCAUUUGCAUGAGGGGAGUUGAUGACUGCCAUUUAAAAUAGAGCUCUGCUGCUUUCCAACAAAAGAAAACACAACGCGGACCAGUCAGAGACGUGUGACGUAUGUGUGCGGUCCUAAGAAUUCAUUUUCAGCCAGUGGGUUGUCGGAUCGAGUUCUAUUCCCGAGGGUUGGAAGGAUUUUGAAAAGGAGAGCGUCGUGUUAGAUACUUUAUUUUCCAUAACAAGGCCUGUCCUAGGCAGAUGACGUCGGCAUCCUGACAAACCGCUAGCCAUGAACAAGAACACAGUGACUCUCUCCUUCACACUGCAAAAUGAAACACUUCUGUUGUUUUAUAAUUGUUAUUAUUCUGAUCUUUUUUCUCUCAUCAACUGCACAUGACUCACACGUUCACUCUCCCUCCUCGCACUCGUGGCCUUUGCAUGUUGAGCGAUGAUGAGGUUUUGCGCUCCAUCUAUCGCUUCGAUAAAAAAAACAACCUCUUCCGUUACAACCCGAGAGGAGCCACCGGAGCAGGUAGACGCGAGUUGAUUUGUGGACGGUGCGUCCAAAAUGAUAAUUACUGAAGUCAAUCAGCUCAUUGUGUGGCGUGCGUUCCAUAUCUUUUGACCAUUAGGACAUUUACUGAACUGGAAAAACAUGAAGAGUUUUGUUUCAAAACGUGACAGAAAAGGCAUGACCCCCCCCCCCCCCCCCCC